AAUAAUUAUAACAAGAUGUACUCAUAUGCUCCAUUAGGCGUUUCUUAUGCUUCUCCCUUAGCAACAUCAAUAGCUAGACCAGUGCCAGUUGGAUACGCAGCUCCAGUGUCUUAUGCCGCUCCAGUUUCCUAUGCUCCUCCAAUCUCAUAUGCCGCCCCAGUUUCUUAUGCAGCUCCUCAAUAUUCACCAAUCAGAGGAGAAUCCAGAGUUGAAUAUGUUCCAUAUCAAAAGCCAGUUGUUGAAUUAGAAGAGGAAGUCAGAACCUUUUAAGUACCAAAAUAAAAGUGGGUUACAGAUUAUUACCCUGUUGAAUAUCAAAAGGAAUACGUUCCAUAAGUGUCUUAUGAGAAAUAAAUCGACUACGUUCCUGUUGAAAAGAAUGUCCCAAGAGUUGAUUAUUUAGAAUAUGAAAGAGAAGUCAGAAGAGCACCUCCCGCUCCAGUUUCCUAUGCAUCACCUCUUUCCUACAGCUAUGUUGCUCCAGUUGCCCCAUUAAGAACAAGUGUUGUUGCACCAACCUAUAAUUACGGUUAUGGAUAUGCUCCAACUUACAGUUACGCAGCUCCAACUUUUGGUUAUGGAUCAGUUUACAGAUAUUGAUUUUACAAUCAUAUAUUCGAUUUUAUGCAAUUUUUAAAUAAAAAAUAAAAAUAAAA